UUCAUAGGCUCUGUGAUUGAUGGUAUUGAAAGACCAAAGUUUUAGAUUAACUUUGCACAUUAAAAUUUUGACACUUGUAAGCUAUAGUGUCUUGUCUGUGUUUCAAUGAAUUGAAACAAAGCUCUGUGUAAAGACGUUUUAAUUUUUGACUUGUUUGUUGAUACUAGUUAUUGGUUUUAUGUUACUAGUGCCCAAGUCUUCAACUAUUUUGUCAUCUUCAUAAUGGCUCAAGGACGAGGAUGUAGUUUGCUGCAGUUGCUGCAGUGUAAAUGCAAGUGCGAGUGUCACCAAGCAAUCAUCAAUGGCGUUGAGAACAGCAGCAACAAUGGCUGCUCUGAUGUGCAAUGCCGGUGUGGAAAGAUUACCACAAAAUCAUCGCAGCAGAACAUGCGUGGCAACAUCACUAGUUUAGGCAGGGUAGACCACAAUACUUCCUUCAGGCCCAUCAUACCCAGGGAUGUGGGUUGUAGACAAUUCCAAAACUCACAAGAAGUACUUAGUGAUUCCUUCAAUAUUUUAACCCUGCAGAAUUUGAGGACUGAGACACUCGAUGCUCUCAAUUCUCAGCCCAAUUUCCGGCAAGUGUCCGAUGCUUCUGCAAUGCACAGACCUGCUACCCCUACAGGAACCCCAGACACGUUUAUGACCCCGCAAGAUUUUCUCAAUUCUUCUAACAAAAAAUCCUCGGCAUCACCGUCGUCUCAAAGUGUAAGAAAAAGCAAUAAUUCUACUGGUGCUUCCUUACCUAGCCUGCCAGACACUCGAUCUUCUGUUUCUAGGUCCACUCCUCUCACCGUUCAAGACCUCUCAACAAGACUAAUCACUCCAGACGAAUUCCUAAAGAGCUCUCAAAUAACUGAAAUGCAAAACCGGCGCAAUUCUCCAUCAGUUGGUGUCAGUGCAGGCUCCGUAAUGGACCAAUCUCGUGUAUAUAAUAACAUUUCAUCUGCCCCUAAGAACAAGUCUAACUACCCCGACUCCUGUACAAAGUUACCUCAUACUACCAUUCCUGUAUCUUCUGCAUCUUCUUCCGUCAAGCCUGCUAAUUCAAAUCCUGGAAGUACAAAUCCCGCACCGGAAUCUCAGCUGGCCACUGAACCAGCAAACCCACUAAGCGAGUUCUGCAAUAAAAUCGGCGUGACCGCGGACCACAACCCUCUGCUGCCCACAAUACCUGGUGGUGAAAGCAUCAAGCAGAGGCUCAUCACUCCCGACCCCAACGUGCUCGAGAGCUUGCGGCGCAACAUGAAUGGCGAGGCCGAGAAAUCCAGUGAAGGCGAAGCCACUAAAGCUGUCAACCAACCUGUGUUAUCAUUAGAAGAUAUGCCUUAUAAAAACGGGGACGGUGAGAAGCCGUACAUCGCUGUCUUUUGGGACAUCGAGAACUGUCACGUACCGCGGCGGAAAGACGCCAGCAGCAUCGUGCGUCUGGUGAGGGAUAAGUUCUACGGGCAGCACGUAGAGUACGAGUUCUACGUGGUCAUGGACGUGCUUAAAGAGAAGGAGGAACUCUCCAGGGAGCUUCUCAGAGCUCAGGUGACAAUCGUUCACGUGUCCAAAGGCGAGAAGAACGCGGCAGACGAGAAGCUCGUGUAUCUCAUGAGGAGAUACUCUACGUAUCAUCAAUACGGCAACACGUGUGUCCUUAUCUCCGGGGAUACGAACUUCACGCCCGUGCUGCACGACAUGAGACAUAAACACCACAUCAACAUCAAGAUGGUAGAGUACCACCCUGAAGCGAAGUUCCUGGCCAUCCACGGGCUGCCGCACACCAUGGACUACAGGCUCGUGAAGAACAGACUGCACAUGUUGUGUGAGAACCUGGGAGGCAAGGUGUUCCAGGUGUACGGCCACCACGCCUACAUCGACAUGAGGGACCCCAGCUCUGCCAUCAGAGCGAAGAACCACCUGGACGGUGAGGCGGUUUACUCGCACCGCAUCUGCUGCACCAUCACGAACGCUUGUUCCCUCAGCAACUUCCAGCUGGCCUGCGCUAACAGCGACGUAGAGCAUCACUGCUCAGUCGGCGACGACCCAAGCCAACAAGAUAAUUUGUGUCCCCGCUUUAACGCGCCGCAUUAUUCAUAUAACAAAUACCCGACGAAUGGUUCCGGUAACAACGGUGCCGGACCUGGCUGUGUGUAUCAGAACUUUAAUAAUGGAGGUAAUGGAGGGGGGUAUGCAUGUGCAAACAAUGGUGCAUUUGGGUAUAGUUUCGGGAAUAGUGCAGUCGGCAAUUCAGACCGAUCCAAUCCGCCCCCUUCCGAGCCGCCGGCUUUGCCAUUCCAGCCGUUUGAUUUGCUGGAAUCUGAGGACGGUUACGGCGCGAAUUUCUUCGAUAUGGAGCCACCGUGCGGGUCUCCGUAUUCUAAUUACAUGAACAGCCGUAACUUCAGCGGCCCUAACUCCACCAGGAAAAUGAUGGUCCCGUCGCGUGGUGGUGGCGUGCCUGGUAGAGCUUCUUUCUCCUCCUCUGUCCCGAACUCGGCGCUCUAUGGCGACUGCGAACACAAUUUUACCGACCAUUGA